CCGCUCCUGGCAUGGCCGGUAAGAGCAGGUUGGGACCCUUGAAAAGAAAAGAAAAGAAAAAUGACAGAAAACAAGCAAAACAGAAAAAAAAGGGGUUCCAACCAUCUUCAAAGAAAAUCGAGCACCUUGAAAAAUGUGAGUCCAUGAUCCUUUGUUUUUGAGAAUCUCUCCAUCCACGAUUUAUUUGUCCUCUGUUCACUUUUUGCCAUGAUGCCGACUCGAUAAGAAGCUUUGAGAUGACUUGUGCGUCGGUUGACCUCGUAAGUUGCUAAAUGAUCUAGGAAGUCCUCUACCUACGAUCUGGGUUGUUUGUUGCUAUAGAGGUCUGGAGAGUUGCAUUGGUUUGAGUUAGGUUUGCUUGGGGACAAGCAAACGGUUAAGUGUGGGGGAGUUUGAUAACGAUGUAAUUGCACAUGUUUGCGCCCCUAGUUCUUAUCCGUUUGAGGGGCAUAGUCGUGUGUUUUGGCCUAUUUUACGCCGGGUUGUGCUAUUUUGUCAUGUUUCAGGUCCCAGGCCUCAAAGGGAAGGCUAACCACGAGUUUCGGGGCAUUCGGAAGUCAUUUCGAAGAGCUGGAGCCAAAACACGGGCAGCCUAAAGCAUUACACGGCCGUGUACUGCUGGCCGUGCUUUUUAUGCCGAGAGCAAAUUCAGUUUGGCCAAUUCAGCUGCUAACACGGGCACCGAAGCACGGCCGUGUCCAUCGCAAAGCACGGCCGUGUUUCCACCAGCUGCUGGCCGUGUAAUUAAACCCUGGCCGAGACACGGGCGGAGUCAGGCAAAGCACGGCCGUGCCCUCGACCGUGCUUUGGCCACUGAUGCUUUUAAGCAGAGUUUCAGCCACAAUUCAAGGGGAUUCGAGUUUUUGAGAGAGAGAUCAGUUCCUAAAGAGAGAAAGUGACGAGCAAGAGUUCCCAAGUGCCCUAGAUUGAUCUUCAACACCAUUGGAGGCCAGCUUGAGCUUGGAGAAGUGCCAAUCAACGUCCAGAAGCAGGAAUCCAUCCUUCGCAGUAUGAAUUCCGUGUCUGAUUCUGCUUUUGCUUUCUUCUCCAUGGAGUAGUUCUCCCAUUCAUCUGGGUAUGGAGAACCCUAGAUUUGUAUGUUAGGUUUGAUUGUAUGAACCCAAGUACUGAUUCUAUGAUUGAUUAUAUUCGAUUGAGGUUUUAAUGAUUGAAUGACUUGAAUCCUGAUCAAAUUCCUGUUGUUUCUGCUUUAACCUAGAAUGAGAAUAUCUGCCUAGGUUAAUAGAGUAUCCUUGAUUGAAGGUAGGGAGUUGGUGACUUUAGUCGAGGAACCAACUCACUAUUCUGUACCGGAUUUACUCUGGUAGUGGAGGUUUUGUUCUUAGGGCCUCAAUCUGUCGACUCCGGUGGAGGUUAGUCGCCCGCUAGAGAGUCAGAUUGAGAGGGUCUGAAGACCUUUAGUCGAGACUUCAGGCUGUUUAAGAACCUUCCGCAGUAUAACUGUCAUAGAAACUGAACUUGGUAAUUACAAUCCGGCUUAACUGCAGUCUAGGGGGAACCAUAUCCGGGUGACCUCUUUUAACGUGAAUACAACCAGUUUGUUUGCUUUGUUAGUUUGAUAGUUUAGACUUGCAUUCCAGUUUCAUUGCUAGAUAACAAGAAUUCACUGAGUAGUCAUCACAUCUAGGACCCGGGUUGAUAAUUAAACCCAAACCUGCUAUACUACGCUUUAGGAAGUGGUUUCACUUGGCUAAUUCCUGGAGUGACAGUAGAGUCGAGUCACUAGUGGAGGACUGCCAGGCUAUGAGGGAGUCUACCACACCCCAGGAGCAGUUGGCCUUCAUCGCCAAUGCGAUGCGCCUCGAUCCAUACAGUAGCACAUAUAAUGAGGGGUGGCGCCAGCAUCCCAACUUGGCCUGGAGCAGCAACACCACUAAACCACCUGGUUUCCCAGCACCAGCAGGUGGUUUUCAGCAGAGGCAGCCCUACCAGGCUCGACAGGGGCUAGUUCCACAGCAGCCAUUCCAGCAGCCCCAGCGCCAGUUUGCCGAGCCAGCAGCAGCUCCAGCCCCAGAUGACAGGAUGACGAAGCUGGAAAACAUUCUAGCUUCAUUCAUGACGAGCACUCAGGCGACUAUCACGAGGUUGGACCAGAGUGUAGCCUCACUGGAGGCAGGUCAGAGGAACCAGGGUGCCAUUUUGCAGGAUCUGCAGACCCAGGUGGGCAUCUUGGCCCGCCUAAACACUACCAGGGCACCGGGGACUCUGCCUGCCACCACUGUUCCGAAUCCUCGAGAUCCUCACCAGCAUCAGCAGCUGGAUGCCAUUUUUACCAGGAGCGGUAAGACCAUAUCUGCUGAUCCUGUCCCGGCCAGACAGGAGGAACCACUACCUGCUUCAGCACUUCCAGCCGACGAUGCAGAAGUGCGGGUGGAGAAAGAAGCCACUGCUCCCAAGCCACAACCAGUGGUUAAGGAGCAUGUACCCCAGCUUCCCUUCCCCACUCGCCUACACAAGGACAAGCUGGAGACUGAGUUUGCCAAGUUCAUGGCAAUGUUGAAGCAGCUCAAUAUCAGCAUACCGUUCAUGGAGGCACUGUCGAAGAUGCCCAAGUAUGCCAAGUUCAUGAAAGAUAUCUGCACCAACAAGAAGAAACUUGGGGAUCUCUCGACAGUGAUGCUGAGCGAGGAGUGUUCUGCUAUCCUGCAGAACAAGCUGCCCGAGAAGCGCAAGGAUCUAGGGAGUUUUACUAUCCCUCUUACUAUUGGCAGCAUGCAUGUAGGAAAGUCCUUGGCGGACCUAGGCGCUAGCAUUAACGUCAUGCCAUAUAAGUUGUAUAAAAUGCUAGACCUAGGUGCACUUAGCCCUACUAGGAUGAGCAUUCAAUUAGUUGAUCGUUCUAUUGUGCAUCCUAGGGGAAUCAUAGAGGAUCUGCUUGUUGGUGUUGGUGCAUUCACAUAUCAUGUUGAUUUUGUUAUUCUUGAUAUACAUGAGGAUGUGGAUGUGCCUUUGAUUCUAGGUAGGCCAUUUCUUGCCACCGCCAAGGCACUUAUUGAUGUGCAUGAUGGAAAACUGAUCUUGCGUGCUGGGAAUGAACAGGCUACUUUUUCUGUGACUGAAUUUGAUCACUGUGCUAUGAUUGAUGUCACGCCUGUGCAUGCCAUUUCUGAUCAGGUACACGAGUCUGUCGUGUACCCUUCUGCACCACCUAUUUUGCAGGACCCUCCUAUCAUUCCUUCGCCGCCACUCCAUCCAGCCUCGCCUCCGAACAAAAAGCUCAAGGAGGAGUGGCGGCCGAAGCAGCAGGUUGCUAAGCCUGCACGGAAGAAGAGUGAAGACCACUAUGAGCUGGUCCCACCUCCUGCACCACGACCACCCUGGCCGUCUGGGUACUCGGUCUCCUGCAUCUUGCCAGAUGGGCAGGUCGAGCUGACUGAUGAGGGUGGUCGCAUCCGUCGGGUGCAUGGCCACAACCUGAAGCUGUACCUCAAGAGCGACGUGGAUCCGCUCUUGGAGGCACCUGUUCCUGCACCGCCCUGAGUAUCCACCAUGGGCGUCCAGCUAAAAGACGGUAAAGAAGCGCUUGUGGGGAGGCAACCCCACCAUGGUUUAAUUUUCUUUCUUGUGUUUUGAGUCGGAUUGUAACCCGGUUUGGGUUUGGUUUGUUUUCUUUUGGUUUGGAUGAUAUUUUAUUGGGCUGACCAUUGAACCUAACAUAUUGUGUCUGAGCUCUUCUGUUCCCCUUUGGCUGUGCUUGCCCCGACUGGCCCGUUUCCAGUCCCCUGCAGUCCGUGCAUACCGGUAACAUCGUUUCCCUUAUCCUUCCCUCUUCUCCAUUGAGGGCAAUGUCGAUCUUAAGUGUGGGGGGAUGUUUAUCUUUUGACUGCAUUAGAUCUGUUUGUGUGCUUGGAGCCUAGUCCACUGUCCAAAUUUUUAAAUUUGAGGGCUCCAAGUACGUAUUUCCUUGCAAUUGCCUGCUCAGUAUGCUUUGAAUUGACAGUCUUUAUAGUAAUAUGCAACCUAGGGAGGUAGUGUAGCACUAUGGAGGAUGUUGAUGCAUUUAAGAAGUCUCAUUUCUUCUUCAUAUUGUGUUGGUUGAUUGAGUGAAUUAGUGAUCUUAGGACCCUUGAAUUGUGUGAUGUUGUGGAUUCUCUGCCUGUCAUGGACUCUUGUAUCAUGUUUUGAGUUUAACAGGUGCUCGAAAAUGUGCUUCAAAAUAACGUCUCCCGUGCGAAUAGGGCAAAAGUGUGUAAGGGGAGACGGGAAUCCGUUCCCAAUUUCCACCUACUACCUCCAGCCCCCUUACAUGUCUUUCCCCCGCACGAGGCUCGAGACAUCCGCUCCUGGCAUGGCCGGUAAGAGCAGGUUGGGACUCUUGAAAAGAAAAGAAAAGAAAAUAGGGUUAAUACC